ACCGCCCAGAGCGGAAGUGGAGGAGCAGCCGGAAGUAGCCGGAGUCUGAGGCGGAGAGACAGGCGGACAGACUUUGACAGGAGCCGGAGCUGCGCAGGGGGGUUGGUGGCCAUGGAGUUGGGCGAGCUUCUCUACAACAAGUCCGAGUACAUCGAGACGGCAUCUGGGAACAAAGUUAGUCGCCAGUCUGUACUGUGUGGAAGUCAGAACAUCGUUCUCAAUGGCAAGACCAUUGUGAUGAAUGACUGUAUUAUUCGAGGGGAUCUGGCAAAUGUAAGAGUUGGACGUCAUUGUGUUGUGAAAAGUCGGAGUGUCAUAAGGCCACCAUUCAAGAAAUUCAGCAAAGGCGUUGCAUUUUUUCCUCUACAUAUUGGGGACCACGUCUUUAUUGAGGAAGAUUGUGUGGUCAACGCAGCUCAGAUUGGCUCUUACGUUCACGUUGGCAAGAACUGUGUGAUUGGGCGCCGGUGUGUGUUGAAAGACUGUUGCAAAAUUCUUGACAACACAGUAUUACCCCCAGAAACUGUGGUCCCACCAUUCACCGUCUUCUCAGGCUGCCCAGGACUCUUCUCAGGGGAGCUCCCAGAAUGUACCCAGGAGCUGAUGAUUGACGUCACGAAGAGCUACUACCAGAAGUUUUUGCCCUUGACACAGGUCUAAUGUCUCUGCCUUGUGUCUCAAAUUCGCUUGAGCUCUAAGAUGAACUUGGGGACAAAGUGAGCCAGUCAGCAUCUACAAAGAGCUCUUGUGUCUUUGACACCUGCCGCCCUCUUUCUUUCUUUUUUUUUUGGUUUAAUUCUUUAGAGUUUCUCAAUCCUCCCAGGCUCUAAGCUCUUAAGACUUAAUAACAGAACGUCUAGAGGAGUUGUCUCCAAAUGCUGUGCUUAAACCGUAUCUAUUAACAGUCACUCCGUACCGUUAUGUGUGGAACAUGGACUCAUCUGUUUCCAGCACUGCCACCCCUUGGUCCUGUGGGUGGCUGGAUGGAGCAGUGCAUUCUGUCCCAGUGGGGAGGUUGUGAUGCUCUUGAGCUGCCCAUGGCCAUGAGCUACCACAGUGAGCUCUGCUCACAGGGAUCAUUCAGCUUCCCUGCUGCUCACACAUUUGACCAGUUGCCACAGCUGCUGAUAAUCUGGAAAAGUGUUUUGCGACUUUUCAGAGCCCAGAUUCCUGUUGGCUACUAAAACUUGAAGGGAGGGUAGUUAGUAUUUCUCUUCUUUCCAGAGUGACCUGAACUGUCAUUUUAAUUCAGGGUGACUAAUAAAAGACUUUCUAGCAUCUA